GCAUGGUACAGAAUAAGCACCUAAGUGAAUUCUUUCAGGUGGUUUGUAAGGUGCAAGAAGCUACGGAUCGUUUCUAUGAUGUUACCUCAGCCUCAGGUGCCCCUUGACGCACACGGUGUUCCAUGUGCACUGCCAAGUGAUGCCACAAUUCGCGGGCAAUUUCUACCUUCCUCGAGCAACCACCAGCAGCCUAAACUAUUGCUCAAACCUCGGGAUUCCGAUUUGCCGCCUAUAAGUGCAUCGUCUAGCAAGAUCGUAGCAAAAAAAAACCCUACUAUUUUAACGCCAAAUGCUUCCGGGAUUUCUACAAUAAAAGAGCGCCCGACUUCGGUCGUCAGCACGAGCGGCAAGAGCAUAGAACAUAAGCAUGCACCAGCAGCAACAGCUUCCCCGGAUCCAUCCAUUUUCAACGCAACCAUGAGUACUUCGUUGACUCUGAUACGGAAUCAGAAUGCUUUCAACUAUCGUGUGCUAGAUUUUCUGCACGAAACGAAUCAAGAUUACAUCGUUGUCGGCGUUGUUGGUGCGCAGGCUGUUGGAAAAUCGACGGUGCUAAAUAUGCUCAACCAGCAUCUAUUCAUCGGAGAUCCGACGAAAAGGAACAACGCGGAUCGCGUGUUUCCAAUUCACGAUAAAAUAAACAUCUUUGGAGACAAUGAAGUGAAGAUUUUCAUUACCGAGGAUCGGUUAGUACUGCUCGACUAUACAGAACCACUGAUUGGACAAAUAAGGAAAGACUUCAUUCAACACGAACAAGAAGAGCUCAAGCGAAUGAUGCUUCUUCUUAAAAUAUGUCACGUUUUGCUGAUAGUGCAAGAGGAAUACUACAAUAUUCGCAUUAUGCGCUCGCUUGUCUGUGCCAAAAUGAUGAGCCAAAACAUCGGCCCCACCAAAUUCGUUUUCGUCAGAAACAAGGCUAUCGGGCACAGCAGUACAACCUCGGAUGCUCGAACAUUAAUGUUACAAUUGUACAAGCGUAUUUUCAAUGAAUCCAUCUUCCAGGAUCUUGAAUAUGACGGUAAACAGGAAGCGAUUAGCUAUGUCGAGAUUCCGAUUCUGAAGAAAGGAAGCACAAUGCAGCACAAUGAACACCUCAAAAGAGCCCUGUUUUAUUUACGAACGUGUAUAUUUAGCUGUCGCGCUGCCAUUGUGCGCAAAAAUUGCUCUGAAAAGGCUUGGGGACACGCGUUACUAAAGCUGAUUGAUAAUCCGGAGAUCAAUUUCUUCCUAGACAAGUACGAGAAACUGAAAGAAAAAUAUAACUUACACAACCAUGUUAAAAUCGCAGAUAACUUACAAUAAAGAACUCGAGCUCCAAUUGCUUGCCUAGCA